AUGACCCGGCCACCACCCCCCCCACCACCGCCACCCCACCCCACCCCUAACCCUCAGCUACCACCUGCCUGUCUUCUGCCCAGGGCGCAGGAUGUCGGACCCCCUGGGGUGGUCUGGGAGCUGAGGCUGCGGGUGGGCACCGGGCUCUGUCAUUGUCCCCGGACUCUGAGGGGCCUCGCUACACGGGGACCCAGCGUCCAGACCCCAGAGCCCAGUGCCCCGGUGAACACGGGCUGCAGCCCUGCUCUCACCUGCAGCCACGCCCUGGUGUCUGUCUUCUGGCUGUGCCGGACCCGCCCGAGUGGCCCACGCCCACGGGACGCCGCCAGCUCCUCUGCAGACCCCGGCUCCUCCGGGCACCAGCCUCGGUCCCCGGGUUGCAGGACCGCAGUCCCCGCCCUCUCCACACACCCAAUCCCCCGGGUGAUGGCUCAGGUGAAGGGCAUCGCCAACCCGUGCGUCCAGGAUGGAGCCCUGCGCUGCCGCCACGUGUGUCCGGGCCUCGCUCACGCCAGCUGCGGCCACACGCCCGCAUCCCGGACGCCCAGAAAGGAUGCUAACAUGUGCCCCGCCCAGCCCUGCCCGGAGCAGGGAGGAGCCUCCCGGCCGCAGCCCAGCGCCCGCUCCCGCCACCUGCAGGGCAGCGGGGCCCAGCGGCCCUGCGGCUCAGCGAAGGACAGCACGGGGGCUCUUGCUCAGCUUGUCUCUGUUCCGGUCCCGCAGCCUUGGUUGGUGCGGGAGAGACCCGGCCGCUCAGGCAACGAAGCGGUGAAGGCGCCCGCAGCGUGA